AUGCAGUUCGAUCAUGAGGGCCGUGAACGAGUCGUGAGCUACCAGUCACGACAGAUGAAGCCGUCAGAGAAGAACUAUCCGGUUCACGAUAAGGAACUGCUAGCGAUGCGCUAUGCACUCAUCAAGUUUCGUGUCCACCUACUGGGCCAACGCACGUCCGCCCUGUAUACUGAUCAUGCAUCGCUGCGAACAGCAAUGAAGAGCCCACACCUGUCACAGCGGAUGGCACGGUGGCUCUCUUACUUUUCCGAGUACAACUUCGUCGUGCACUACAAGCCAGGCAAGACCAACAUUCUUGCUGACGCACUGUCACGACGCCCAGAUUACGAUCCUCGUAUGGCACUGAUUCGUCAGGCAACUGACGACGAAGAUGAAGACGAUCGAUGUGCGACGUGUGUGUCGUUGAAUCGAACUCGGGUCACACCCGAGUUAUGCCUUUUCGAUGAAAUUGUUGCGGCCUACGCGAACGACCCGGAUUACGCGGACCUUAUCGCCUAUCUGCGCGCUCCUAGUGAGGCUGCACUGGGAGCUCUUUCGCGAACUAAGCGUGAUCACAUUCAUCGAUACAGUACGGACGGUGAUAUGCUGUUAUAUAGCAUCGACAAAUUCGAUGCACCUCGAACGGUGAUUGCGAAUGACUUGGAUUUGAGUGCUCGUAUCAUCCACGAGUACCAUGAUGCCCCAAUUGGCGGUCAUCUGGGCCGCGAAAAGACAUUCGCGGCUGUCUCGCGUGACUUCUUCUGGCCCCACAUGUACAAAUGGGUUCGCAUCUGGGUUCGCACCUGCGAAAUAUGUCAGCGCGUGAAGCCAUCUCCAUCGUCGCAGGCACCCCUGCGACCCCUGCCAAUUGCAGAUGAGGCUUGGAGCUCAGUCUCAAUGGAUUUUAUCUUCGGGCUUGCACCAGAUGGCCAAGACCAAAAGAGUAUUCUGGUCUUUGUCGACAGAUUCAGCAAGAUGACACAUCUGGUGCCUGUUCAUGCAACGAUAAACGCGGCUGAGACCGCGGUGCACUUCAUUGACACUGUGUUUCGCCAUCACGGUCUACCAGACAACAUUGUCUCGGACCGUGAUCCUCGUUUUACAUCUGCUUUUUGGUUGUCACUGGUCGAGUUGCUUGGCACAAAGCUGCAAAUGUCGACAGCAGCCCAUCCGGAAACGGAUGGGCAAACAGAGCGAGUUAAUCGGGUCCUCGAAGAUAUUCUUCGAAGUAACGCAACGCCCUUUACAAGUUGGAGUUCGUUUUUGCCACUCGCGGAGUUUGCACUAAACAACGCGGUUCACGCGUCAACGGGGUUGACGCCAUUUUUUGCAAAUUCGGCCCGUCAUCCUCGUGUACCUACUAUUCUUGCCGUGGGUCAGCCCACGGCUCUUCGUGGCUCCACUCUGGCGGGGGGUGAUAACGAUAAACAACGAUCGAGUGAAGCUCACGGUAUUCUGAGCGCGAAUGUUGUCAACUAUUUCAAGGCGAAGUCUUCGGUUUCGACGCCACGUGACGUGGCGUCCCCGCUCGCUCAAUGGACUCCACAGACGCUGAUCGAUCCUUCUUCUCGUAUGCGAAACAUUAAAGCUAACUACGCGCCAAUUGAAUCGGCGCGACCAAUUGAUGACAUGGCUGUGUCAGAGUUUAUACUCCAACGUCAAGCCAUCACGAGGUUUGUACGCGAUACUCUUCGAUCUGCAGUGGAUAAACAGAAAGCGAAUGUAUACAAACGUGGCAGAAAGAAUAUGAGUACUUUCAAGAAGGGUGAUCGUGUAUUGUUAUCUACUGAAGGCCUCCGAGAUUCAGCUGUAACCAAUUUCGGCGCGAGCAAACUGUUCCCACGUUUUAUCGGCCCAUUCACAAUACUCAAGGUGAUCGGUGACGCAUAUACUCAAGACAUCUCUUCGUCACUGCGACUUAACCCGACGUUUACGUCGGGCGGCUCAAGGAGUAUCGUCCAGCUACGCUUCACGGCGACAUCGGACGCGGCUGCGUCCCAGUCUGCGCGUGCCCAAGAACCUGGCCUUCCAGGUUCCGCAUCCGUUCAAGCAGCUCGUGGUUCGACUGUCAAAUCUCGUUCGCUGUUCUCUCAGCCCGCGCAGCUCGGUCAAGGGCAGCUUCAGCCUCCAGCUGGGCAUCAACAGCCUUGUUCACAGCCUCAUCUACAUCGUCCUGGGCAACCAGGACGCCAGCAGUACCAUCGUGAGGGUCCACCACCGCUUGUGGACGCGGAAGGCCAGAAGCGCUGGAUUGUGGAGCGUUUACUGGGUCACGAGGACCCUCGUCGCGAAACGACAUCGUCGCGACACCAUAAGCGCGCGGUUCCAACCGCGCGCAAGUAUCGUGUACGUUGGCUCGGGUUUCCACCCGAGCAGGAUACGUGGGAACCGCGGUCUUCGCUUCUUCGAGAUGUUUCGGACAUCGUUCGGGCUUACGAGUCCCUGCACACGCUUGGUGCAGACUUGGUCGACGACCUGUGUGUUAUCGCGGUGAGCGAGAACGAGAUGCACGGCGACGGUGUCGUGGUGAAGUGUCACCACGAAUACGAGACCGAGAGCGAUUGCGAGAACUUCGUGGUGAAACGUCACCACGAUGACGAGAUGAAGAGCGACGACGAGAACGUCGCGACGAGCGUGUAUCGCGACGAUCACGUGAACGAGAACGUCGUGGCGAGUGCAUGGCACCACGACAUCGAGAAAGCGAGUGGUGUCGCCAGCGUGACGCGCCACGAUUAA